ACAGUUGGUCGACUCGAGUCAGUCUCAGGUCGUGUUUGUGAUGUCGGUGGUGGUCGGUGAUGUUCGUGCUGGAGUCAGUGUCUAAUUGUUUUAACGAGUGAUGCUGUGCGAGAUCGAAGUUCCUGUGAGCUUUCAAAAUGUAUCCGAGGUCACCGGAUUCAGUUGUCAGUACGGAAGCUAUAACAGCAUAUCGUAUGUAGCUGUCAACGUCGUUGGAAGUCCUCAAGUGUACCCGGAGUACGGGGACUUCGCCGAGACCUUUUCUACGCGAUCCUACGGACCGUGGUGGUUGGAACAGUCCUUAUCAUACAGACAUUUCGUGGUACCACUUCCAAAAGGCAGGGUAGUAAGAAGCCUGGACUAUUUAGAAGUUGGAUUUGACUAUGAAAUGUACCCCAAAGACAUCAAGGUCUAUGAAACUUACAACCCAGGAAGCAUAGUCAGAAUCCUGGCCUUGGACAGCAUUAAGAAGAGGUGGAAAGAAAUAUGGGCUGGAAGGCCAACAAAGGGGUCUGAAGGUUCCGUCAUAUUUAAGCCAUCACUCACUGGUGCUACAUUCCCAACCAGAUCCCUCCGAUUGGAGUUCAACCAGGCUCAUCUGGACUAUUAUGCACAGAUUGACGCCGUUUUAUUAGGAGGCACAUGGGGGUGCACGGAGCAGCGCAUCUGCUGGAGUGAUCGCGCAAAUGCAAAUCAUCCUUUGCCGAGCCCCAAAACCUGCAGUCCUUCACCAUCGGGAUUUCACACGCUUCCACAUGAGCUCUUGGCAUUCAUCUUUAGCUACCUUGACCUGCUGUCAUUGUGCAGGCUAGCCGCAACUUGUAAGCUUUUCCGGAGGGUCUGCUAUGACAGGAUCUUCUAUCAGUCUCUCGACCUGCAGCCCUAUUGGGAAAAGGUGGAUGACGAGGCUCUCGAAGCACUUCAAGGCCGUUCUGUGAUGUUGGAGAAACUUAAUUUGUCUUGGUGCGGUGCCAACGGAUCCGUGACGAUGGAAGCUUUUGUCAGGUUUAUGGAGCUGAGGGGGGAGUUUCUCCACUGCCUCUGCCUCUCGUGCUGCCCAUUUGUGGACAACGAGUGCCUCAAGGUAAUUGCUGACGAAUGCGUCAACCUGAAAGAGCUGGACCUGAGGGGGUGCUGCAACCCCCUGCUCAACAGGCUCGGCUUUCUGCAGAUCUCCCACCUCUCUAAGCUCACGUGGCUCGACCUGUACCGCACUGAGAUCGAGAUGUUCUCCCUCAUCUCAAUCGUGAGGAGCUGCUCAAAUCUUGAUCAUCUCUGCCUUGGCAGUUGCCCCAUUGUGAACAACUAUGACGACAUUGCAUUGGAGUUGGGGACGUACCUGAGGGGCAUCAGAAGCCUGGACCUGUUUCGUGCAAGGACACUGUCCGCCGUAGGAGUGAAUCUUUUGGCCAGGUCUUGUCAUCGCCUUGUAAGCCUGGACUUGGGAUGGUGUACAAGCGUAGAGUCUGGAUGCAUCCCGGAGCUAGUGAGGGAGUGUCCGAAUCUGAGGAGGCUUCUCUUCACUGCCAUUCGGGUGGUUUGCGACGCAGAUCUCUUUGCAAUUGCAAACUACUGCAAGCAUCUAGAGCAGUUAGAUAUCUUGGGCUCCUCUGAAGCAACCGCUGCUGGAGUGUUGCGGUGAGUCGGCGGAAAGGGUAUCAUUUACUAUAUCUGCUCGUACGUGACGAUCCAAAAUAUGAGCCUGCUUGUUGGUAAGAAUGCUCGAGCUUUGAUUUGCGGUGCGUUUUAUUAUGCAGUGUGUGUUGCAGUUGUGAAGACUUUGGUCUUCUUGUUCUUUAACGUUUAUUUUUCAUCACAUUUCUCAGUGUAACGAUAGUAAUCUUGUUUUGCAUCUAGAAGCAACUCUUCAUUCUAUGUAGUGCACAAUUGUGUCGAAUGAUGCAGGAUUGUAAAAAUGGAGGGCCACUGCACAACUAAUCUUGCCUUACCAAACUUGCGAAUCUACUAUGCAGUCUUUUGUCCCACCAUUGUGGUAGAUACCCAAGUAUAGUUUGUAGCACAUUGAUAACAUAAUUAACUUAAUUAGGUAUGGUAUGAAUUUAAAAACACAUUGAGGGCGCAGGCGAGCUGGUGUAAGUUUACCAUUAUGUUAAAACGCGUGAGACUGGGUGUGAGCAAAACCU